AGAGGCAGAAAAGUUUAGAAAAUUAGCAAUUAUAUGCAAUAUUAAGAUUUCCAACUUCAAAUUACGCUUAAUUAGCAGUGAAUGUGAGUGCUAGCACAUCCUUAAGUGCAUCUAAAAGUUUUAGUUCUUCGCUUGAAUGCCUGCAGUCUCCAAUGUGCCAAUGACGUUUUGGAAAUUGUUUUGAGUUGUUAUGAUUCUGUAAAUAGGCACUUGGAAUGCAAUUACAGAACUAUAUUUAGUGCAAAGUGCAGUUUAUUAAGCUAGCACUAUCUUAAAAUACUCGCAGUUCGCCUGGGAAUAUGUUUCGUAGUCGUAGUUGGUUUGGUGGCCCUUGGGGUGGACGCCCCAAGAAUCGACUGUCGCUAGAGCACCUCAAAUACCUAUACAGCAUUCUAGAGAAGAACACAACCGUUUCGGAAAGUAAUCGUGGAUUGCUUGUGGAGUCAUUGCGCUGCAUUGCCGAGAUUCUAAUUUGGGGCGAUCAGCAUGAUUCUUUAGUCUUUGACUUCUUUUUGGAGAAAAACAUGCUCUCAUACUUUCUACACAUAAUGCGACAGAAGAGUGGAGGUUCCAGCUUUGUUUGUGUUCAGUUACUACAAACUCUAAAUAUUCUUUUUGAGAAUAUACGGAACGAAACUUCUUUGUAUUAUUUGCUUAGUAAUAAUCAUGUGAAUUCCAUAAUGGUGCACAAGUUUGACUUCUCCGACGAGGAUGUUAUGGGCUACUAUAUACUCUUUCUGAAAACGCUGAGCCUCAAGUUAAACACACACACCAUACAUUUCUUUUACAAUGAGCACACGAACGACUUUCCUUUGUAUACAGAAGCUAUUAAAUUUUUUAAUCAUCCCGAGUCCAUGGUGCGUAUUGCUGUGCGUACAAUAUCCUUGAAUGUGUAUAAGGUGCAAAAUUCAAGUAUGCUGCGCUUUAUCAGGGACAAGACUGCAGCGCCCUAUUUUAGCAAUUUGGUUUGGUUUAUCGGCAAGCACAUCUUGGAGCUGGACACCUGUGUGCGAACUGACAUCGACCACCAGUCGAAUCAGAAACUAUCCAAUUUGGUGGCCGAACAUCUUGAUCAUUUGCAUUAUCUAAGUGAUAUUCUAUUGCUGGACAUCAAAGAUCUAAACGCGGUGCUUACCGAGCAUUUGCUGCACAAACUCUUUGUGCCCUUGUACAUAUUUUCACUGACGCCAGCGCCGCCUCCGCCAUCGCUAGCUGUUGUUACACAAAAUUUGGCGGCUGUGCUGAACCGCAAUGUGGACAUAGACAUACAGGAGAUGCACAAUCCGCGUGUUAGUUCAAUUGUGGCACUCUAUUUACUAUCACUAGUGUUUCUAGUGGUGUCGCAUGCGCCGCUGGUGCAUGCCUUGGCUUGGGUUAUACUAAAUGGCGAUCAUAGCGUUUUUAAGGAAGGUGCUGCCGAGAUUCUUAACUCAUAUGUGGAGCAUCGUCUGGUUGUUGUGCCUGGCUUUGGUGAGCCCAAUGAGAGUUUAGAGCAGGCGCUCGAUACAGUUGUGGGACAUGCCAGUAGCAGUUAUACCAUUAGCGAAGACAGCGGUGUUGAGUCAACGCCAGCAGCAGCGCCCACACCCACAAUAGGCGAGGAUGCAGCCAGCCGGCUAUAUAACAUUACCGAUGAGGAGAAGCAGUUGCUGCAGCAAACAACAGCAACAUCGCCGGCUUUUAGUGAGCUAACCAAACCAUUUCUGGACACAGUCCUGCAGACACUAGACUGCACAGAAAAUGAUUAUCUGGCGCUGCUAUCCCUGUGCCUCAUCUAUGCCAUGUCGCACAAUCGUGAUGGCAUUAAAAACGAGUGGUUCGAGCAUGUACUGUCCAAGUCGAUGCGCGGCUCCUUCAGCUACAAAACGGCGCUUAUUGAGCAGUUACUCAGCAUUAUUACCCAGUCCAGCCAGACCUCUUCUCGAAUACGUCUUAUUACCGUGGAAAUUGCGCUGGAAUUGUUGCUUACCUUUACCAAAUCAGCCGUGGAUGAAGCACUCUGUAUUACGCCAGCUCAGCAGAGUUUAUUGUUUGGUGCCCGCAAUCAGUCUAUGCUAGUGCUUCGCAACUUUUACAAGUCCGAAGAUAUAUUUCUUGAUCUGUUUGAGGAUGAGUACAAUGAAAUGCGCAAGACGCAGCUGAAUGUAGAGUUUCUAUGUAUGGAUUCCAACAUUUUGCUGCCUCCCACGGGUACACCACUAACGGGCAUUAGUUUUACUCGUCGAUUGCCCUGCGGCGAGGUGGAGAAAGCACGUCGCGCCAUACGUGUAUACUUUCUGCUGCGUAGGACUUGCCAAAAGUUCUUGAAUGAAAAAGAAUCGCUACUGCCGCUAACAAAUGUUGUUAAUUUGGUGCAGGUGGAGAACGUACUCGAUCUAAAUAAUAGUGACCUGAUUGCCUGCACUGUGGUGUCCAAGGAUAAUACGAAGCAAAGACGAUUCUUGGUUAUCGAUGCGUUGCAGCUGAUACUUGUGGAGCCGGAUGCCAAGCUAUUGGGUUGGGGAGUGGCUAAGUUUGUAGGUUUCCUGCAGGAUGUCGAAGUUCAAGGAGACAAGGACGAUUCACGCUGCCUGCAUAUCACCGUGCAUCGUGGUGGCGUCACAAAUAAUCGUACGCCCUUACUCUCCGCCAAGUUUCUUUUUGAUGAUCAUAUACGUUGCAUGGCAGCAAAGCAACGCCUGACCAAAGGUCGCAGCAAAGCGCGUCAGAAGAAAAUGUAUCAGAUAGCACAACUGAUUGAAAUUCCGGGCCAAAUGGACUCGCCAAUCUAUUCAGUCUGUGGUACCGUCGCACAUAACAGCAAUACGCGUAUGGUACAAAAGGGUGCAAGCUUAACGGCAAGUCGAGUACCUGGAUUUGCAGCUGUGCUGCGUAGUAACAAUAGCGCAGGAGUUAGUCGCACGCAAAUGGCACAGAAUCGCUCCUUGGAAGGUAUACGUAAUGAGAGUGGCAGUCGUGCACGCCGCCGCAGUCCCAAUGCUGGGUCGAAUUCACCUUCAACGCUGCGGUCUGAUCGCGAUCGCUCACCCAGCAUCAGUGGCAGUCAUAGUUCUUCGCAAUCGCGCGAAAACUCCCAACCCCGCAGUACAGGAGCACGAUCUCGCGAAAGCAGUCCACGCAUGCCAAGACCAAGGUCAGAGGAAAUACCAUUGGAGGAUUUUCAGCAUUCGCGCAACAAUAGUCCUCAUUCGCGUAGUGGCUUAAGUCACCACUCUCCAUGCUCUCGUUCGCAUACACCUUCUCGUGUUUUACACCACGAUCAGUUGUCGACACACAGUGGCUCGCCCAGAGAGCCAACGCUGAUGUGCACGAAUGCACUGCUAAGCCAAAUAAAUGGCGGUGUCACCAUUGCACGGGAGGUAAUGCCUGCGCAAAGUUCCGAAGAGACAUCGUUUAUUGGUAACGAUAAUGAUAUCCCAGUGACAAGUACGGAAAGCAAGUGUAAGGUUCGAGGUACAAUUGAAACGGUUUGAACGAUUUUAGUAUUGCAAUGACGUUGUAACUUAAUGUGCUUAUUCAUUUAAGAAAUUAAUCGUCCCUAUAUAAUUUUGUUAUUCAAAUUAAUUGUACACUUAGUCCUCCUUAAACA